AUAGAUUAUCCCGAAAGCAUUGCAUGCAAUGACUUAUGAGGGCCGAAGGUUUUUUGGUACCGAGUCAUUUGAAGAAAAAACUCGUAAAUAUACUCGUCCUCAUCCAGUUGUAACAAAACAUUUACAAAAUCUUCAAAAUGGAUUUCAAGUAACUAAUACUUGGAGAAAUAUUUCAAGUGUAAAUGUUCCUUCAUUAACAUUAACACCAACACCUAAAGAAGAUAAACAAUUAAACAUAGGCUUUGAAAAAAGAAAACGUGAUUUUUCAAAAUUGACCCAAAAAACCAAUGUUAAUCUAUAUGGAAAGCGUCAACACCUAGAAAAUGCUAAAAUUCAAUCAGAAAGUAGUAAAACUGUUGAGUGGAAAAAUUCUGAGUAUCAAAAGUUGUCAAGUGAAAUACUGGACUACUUUGCUUGUCAUCAACAAUCUGCAGAAUUGCUUUCAAAAAAAAUUUGUCUUCGCUCAGCACUUUUGUCUGUGUUUAGAAAACAGUUUCCCACAUGUAGUUUACAUCUAGUUGGCUCAUCAUGUAAUGGUUUUGCAACAAAUAGUUCAGAUGCUGACUUUUGUUUAAUGCUCACCCAUACACGACAAGUAGACCAGCGAAGUGAAGCUUGUUGGUACUUAAAGGAAAUUCAAAAGUUAUUAAGAUAUAUGUCGUGUAUUCGUAAUAUACAGUUCAUCCGUGCUAAAGUUCCUAUAUUGAAAUUUAAAGAUACUGUUAGUGGAUGCGAUUGUGAUAUAAACACAAACAACUCAAUUGGAAUUCGUAAUACACACCUUCUCCGUACAUAUUCUAAAAUUGAUGAUCGUGUUCGUCCUUUAAUAAUGGCAGUGAAGCAUUGGGCAAAGUCUCGUUCCAUAAAUGAUGCUAGCCAAGGAACUUUGUCCAGUUAUUCUCUAGUUAUGAUGGUUAUUCAUUACUUGCAAAGUUAUUGCCGUCCUCCAGUAUUGACACCCAUACAACAGGAAUACCCACAAUAUUUUUCUCUUGAUCGAAAUGUUGACGACCUUCCUAUGUUUGAACCAGCUUUGUUGAUACCAUGUAACUGCUCUAAAAAUGAACAAUCUCAUGGGGAGUUACUCUUUGGAUUUUUCAAGUAUUAUUCUCUUGAGUUCAAAUGGGAUGAAAUGGUGAUAAGUGUUCGUCUUGGUCAAGCUACACCACGAUCUUCAAACGCAAUAUGGAAUGAUGCAUAUAUAUGCAUUGAAGAACCAUUUGACCGAACCAACACCGCACGCGCUGUUCACGAAUACUCAAAGUUUAAAUUUAUUCAAAGUGAAUUUAAAAGGGCCUACGAUAAACUUCUUGAAAAUUUGACGCUGAAAAAUCUUUUGUGAGUCAUGCUAUGUUGUCAAUGCGAAGCCUUGUUUUGAAAAAAAGGUUUGGUCCAAUUUCUAAAGCACUGCAAGGUCACUCCAGAUAGUUUUAAUAUCACUUCAAUGGCACUCGGAUCAUCUAGCUAAAAUAUAAAUAACUUAUUUUCCAAAAGGUUUUCUGCGAGAAUGUGCGUAUUUUAGACUUUGCUUUUAGUUGAGUUUGUUAAAACAUGUGAUAAUUAUCAAACAUGAUUGGUAUUUUUGUUAUAUAAACCGACAUCAAAUUGCAAAUUUCUUUUAAAGAUGUAUUAUGUUGUUUGAAAAACUUUUAAAGAUGUAUUAUGUCGAAUUUCAUAGUCUGGGUUAUUUUACUGUUUUAUAAUGUAUUAUUUAUUAUGGGUUUUCAAACAUUUGAUUAUAGAAAAUAUACCUUUUUUUAAGUUUUA